AUGCCAGAGAAAUACAUCCAAAAUACGAGUACUGAUAGGGAAAAGGACAUCAAGACCAACUACAUCGAUCUUGCUUGUUCGCUACUAGGUGGGAAAGUCUUGAGCUGCAGCGACGAAUUCUUUGCCGAGGCAGAGAACUUGAUAAAGAGAGAAAAACCUGUGCGAGAUCCAUCCAGAUUUACAGAUCGGGGUGCUUGGUAUGACGGGUGGGAAACCCGUCGACACAAUCAUAGUUACGAUUGGGUUAUCAUCAAACUCGCUUUUGCGGGGACAAUUGAUGCGUUUGAUAUUGACACGUCGUAUUUUAAUGGCAAUCAUCCUCCGGCUGCUAACGUCGAAGGGUGUCAUUCUCCAGACAAAGAUCCAGUGCCGGGAGAUGAUACUUUCUGGGUUGAGAUACUGCCUCGAGUCGACCUAGGCCCUAGUGCAUCACAUUAUUUCAAAGCUCAAACACCAAAUAGCCGACAAUGCUAUACUCACGUCAGGCUGAACAUAUAUCCAGACGGCGGUGUUGCUCGGUUUCGAGUUUAUGGGAAUGUACGGCCCAUUUGGCCGCGCGACAAAAGAGCCACCAUUGAUCUGGCAUUCAUCGGUAACGGAGGCCAAGUGGUCGCAUGUAGUGACCAACAUUUUGGCGCAAAGGACAAUAUACUACUCCCAGGUCGUGGGAAGGACAUGAGCGGUGGAUGGGAGACCAAAAGGUCCAGGGUCCCUGGACAUUGCGACUGGAUUAUUGUUCGGCUCGGGGCUCCCGGACAUUUGAAAGACGCUGAGAUUGAUACAGCGUAUUUUAAAGGAAAUUUUCCCGAGAGUGUUAUGCUUGACGGGUGUUUCUCGGACUUGGAAAUUCCUGAUGACACGACCGAAUGGGAAAACAUUCUGCCGCGGUCCAAAUUAGGGCCAGAUAAGCAACAUUACUUUCGGCUGAAGGAAACUCGUUGGCAAUUCAGUCACGUUAGAAUGACCAUGUAUCCCGACGGCGGUAUCAAACGACUGCGUCUCUUUGGUCAACUUGCGUUGACAAACAACGGCGAAACAAACGGACAUUCGGUUGACUCACACAACACCUCUUCGUCUUACGCGAUUGAUGCUGCACCAUUGACAAACGAUCAAUUUGCAGCAUACGGACAAGUGAUAGAGGCAUUUGCCGAAUCAAACCUUAAUUCUCCGUUUGCAAUGUCGAUUACGCAUGGUAUUCGAGUGACCCCUGCAAAUCAGGGGACAGCUCGCAAAUACAAUCAUAUAGCGAAAGCAGCGAACUUUCGACAAUCUGCUAUAACACAGGACGGCAAGCUCAUAUCAAAAGCUGAGCAAAAUAUCUGUCUUUAUCAUUGUCAACCGACGACCGAGUUUCCAUUUAAACUAAAAUUACUGGAACGUCAUUUAUACUCCUCUCAGGCGUUCAUUCCAUUAGAUGGAAGUAGUGAGGGAUAUCUGGUGAUUGUUUGUUUAAACGGGCAAGAUGACAAGCCAGAUUUAUCAACUUUACGUGCCUUUGUUGGGUCUUCUAAACAAGGCAUUAAUUACUUUCCUGGUGUCUGGCAUCAUCCCAUGAUUGCCUUGAAACAAGUUACAGACUUCGUUUGUCUUGUUCACGAAUCUGGUGUUACGGAGGAGGACUGCGAAGAGAUUGCAAUAGACGAUAAUAUUACUAUCAAACUCCCUGGCCCCAUAGAUUAUAAUAAUUAG